AUGAAACAUAAUCCUGAACGGGCCAGACAGACGGCACAGCGACACCGAUAUGAUACAUCACCAUCACCAUAUAGAGGUAAGCCAAAUCGGCAAGUAUUCAAACUAGGGGUUGCUGAAGAUGAUGUACCACAAUUAUUUUGUCAACUGGAUAUACUACGAAAAACAGAAACAGAAUAUUCGUAUUGGAAAGAAAAAGCUAGAUGGGUAAGAUUUGAAGAAAUAGCUGAAAGUGUAUUAGGAAGAUGGUCAAAACCACAUGUGGCAACAUUAAUGCAAACAGCUCUUCUAGACUUGAAAAAAUAUCUCACAUCUGAUCGUAGUGUUAUUAUAUUGAAUUUGACAGUACCAGAUUUUCCAAGUUUAGCACGUACGACAUUAGUAGAUAAUCAAUAUUUCAAUAAUGUAACGAGUGCACAAAAAUUAACAUCGAUAUUAGGUUUACCUCAUUUUCAUCAUCAUGAAAAACGUUCUGUUACAAAGACGGCAAGUUUAGUUAGUCUAUCCAAAGCUGGCCUUCAACCAAGUGCUUCGUUUAUUAUAAACAAUCUAUCAGGACGAGAAGAUGAUCUAUCAGAAUCGAUGCUUGCAAUGUCAGCGCCUCGUUUACUUAGUAAAAAACCCAGUACAAACGACAUGGUAUCGGAAUCAGACGAUCAAUCGAUUCAUACCGAUCACAGCAAAGAAUAUAAUGUGAAAUUACAACGAAAAUUAAAUCGUAGAUCAGAAGGUGCGAGUAUUCUAAUUUGUCCAGUUGAUUUUGUCACUGAAACAACAAUUGCAUUUGUACGUUUGGACAAUGCCAUUGAAUUGCCUGGUUUGCUAGAGCUUAAAUUACAUUCACGUUUUAUCGUAUUAAUAAUUGGUUCCGAAGAAACUGAACGACAAUUACUUCAAGUAGGAAGAGCAAUGGCCACUAUUUGUCGCGAAUUUGCCUAUUUGUCAAAAGAUUCUGAGGAAAUAUUACAAAUGUUGGACAGAUUUAUGAACGACACCUACGUAAUUCCGCCCAGCGAAUGGGAUCCAUCAAUUAGAAUUGAACCACCAGAACAAUAUAUGAGCAAACAACAAAGACAAGCGCCAGAAGAGAAAGGUGAACAUGUUGAAGUACUUGAUCUAACACCACAUACAGAUCCAAAUCUAAUAGCAUCAAAAACACCAUUUCACGGUUUAAUAAUGGAUCUACGUAAUAAAAUACCUUAUUAUAUAUCCGAUUUUACAGAUUGUGCCAGUUUACAGUGUCUCGCGACAACGUUAUAUUUAUAUCUCGUUUGCUUAUGUUCGGUAGUGGCGUUUGGGGGCAUGUUAGGUGCAGCAACAGACAAUUAUAUGGCUACUAUGGAAUGCAUUCUAGCUGGUUCUGUUUGCGGUAUAAUAUAUGCUUUGUUUUCCGGACAGCCAUUGAAUAUUUUAUCAGCAACUGGACCAAUGUUAAUAUUAGAAAGAAUUUUAAAAAUCUUGUGCAAAGAUUUUCAUCUUGAUUUUUUGGAAUUUCGCUUAUGGAUUGGUGUUUGGGUAUUUCUAUUUCUUGUUAUAUUUGUCAUAUUUAAUUUGAGUUUUCUUGUACGUUACAUAACACGUUUUACAGAAGAUUGUUUUGCCUCACUGGUGGCACUCAUCUUUAUCUUGGAUGCCAUUCGAGAAACAAUGAAUAUUAGGAAACAAUAUCCGGUUAAUUAUCGACCAGAUCUUCCCGUUGAUUAUUCUUGUUCAUGUGUGCCCUCAAAUACAACAGCAUUGCUUAUAUCUAACAGUAGUAAUUAUGAUUUUUUAUUUAACACAAAUUCAACAAUAUUAAAUGCCACAACACGAAUGUUAUGUAACAAGAUUAACGGUACACUAAUUGGUUCCGGUUGUUCAACUCCACAUUAUUAUUCAGAUAUUUUCUUUUAUUCGUGUUUAUUAUUUAUUUUUACCGUUUUUAUUUGUAUGGUGCUCAAAGAAUUUCGUAAUUCACAAUUUUUACCAACAAAAAUUCGAACAAGUAUUAGUGAUUUUGCUGUAUUAAUUGCUAUUGUAGCAAUGUCAGGAUGGGACGCCUAUUUAGGAUUAGAAACUCCGAAACUUGUCGUACCACGAGAGUUCAAACCAACUCGACCAAAUGAUCGAGGAUGGAUUAUUCCAUUUUAUUCAGGUAGAAAUCCAAUAUGGACAAUACCUGCUGCUAUACUACCAGCAUUGAUAACGACAAUUUUAAUCUUUAUGGAUCAACAAAUAACAGCUGUCAUUAUUAACCGAAAAGAAUUCAAGUUAAAAAAAAAAAGUGGUUAUCAUUUGGAUUUGUUUAUAUUAUCAAUGUCCAUAUUAUUCUCAUCAAUAAUGGGAUUACCAUGGUUUGUGGCAGCAACUGUUCUUGCUCUUACUCAUGUUAAUGCAUUGAAAAUAAUGUCAGAAAAUACGGCACCAGGUGAAAAACCAAAAUUUGAAGGCAUACUUGAACAACGAGUCAGUGGCUUACUGAUGGCAAUACUGACUGGUCUAAGUGUUUUUUUUACAAAAAUUUUGAACUUCAUUCCAAUGCCUGUACUCUACGGUGUUUUCAUGUUUAUGGGCAUUACAGCUAUACGGGGCAUGCAAAUUUUCGAUCGUAUAUUAUUGAUAUUUAUGCCAUCAAAAUAUCAGCCAGAUUAUCCCUAUUUACGUCAUGUGACGAUUAUGCGUGUUCAUCUCUUUACAGCAAUUCAAAUUUUGGCUUUAGCUGGAAUGUUCGCUGUUAAAAGUGUUAAAACAAUUGCAAUUGGAUUUCCAGUGUUGGUACUAGCGACAUGUUUUGUGCGUAAAUUAAUGGAUAAUAUAUUUACUCCAGAAGAACUCUAUUGGUUAGAUGAUGUUUUACCGGGAACAAAAGUAGGACGUGUUCGACGAAUGUCAGCUGUACGAAAUGUUCAUAAUAUACCAAAGGGCGAUGACGAUUUUGAUUUUGAUCAAAAAGAAAUAAUGACACUGUUUGCAAUGGAACAGAAAUCAUCAUCACCAUAUUCAACACCACCAGUGACAUUUACCAGUGAUAAAAUUCCAUUUAAUAUCGGGCAUCCAGAAGAUGAUAAUGAAGAAGAACAUCUGAUGCACCACCAACAUCAUCAAGAUGAUGAAGGCCUUCUUAUGCCAAGAAAAAAUCUUCACAAUGGUCAAACAUCUGUAUAA